GGUUACGGGUCAACAGAGGUGACGGCGUCGGCCACGUCGAUGGACUUCGAGGACCUGUCGGUGGGCGGUAUCGGCGCCCCUCUGUUUGGCGUCAAAGUAAGGCUCGUGGACUGGGAUGAGGGCGGCUAUAAAGCGACGGAUGUGCCGAACCCUCGGGGCGAGGCUGUGGUGGGCGGACAUAACGUGGCCAUCGGUUACCACAAGUUGGAUGAGUUGACGGCCGAGGCGUUUGAGACGAGUGGGGACGGCAUGCGAUGGUUCAAAACGGGUGACAUCGUGGAGGUGGGCGCCGACGGUAUGUUCAAAAUCAUUGACAGGAAAAAGGAUUUCGUGAAACUCCAGUUCGGGGAGUAUAUAUCACUUGGAAAGGUUGAGUCGGAGCUCAAGAACUUCCCAUUUGUGGACAAUAUAUGCGUUUACGGGGACAGCCAUCGCACGUAUUUAAUUGCAUUGAUUAUACCCAACCAAAAGGCGCUGACAGGACUGGCAGCUCAGCUCCUGAAUUAUGUCGAAAGCGACAAAUUAGUGGAUUUGUGCGGAAACCACAAAAUCAUUGCUCACAUCGAGAAGGAGUUGCAAAUGUAUUGUCAGUCGACGGGAAAGUUGCAUAAAAUGGAAAUACCGCUCAAAAUCAUGUUAUGCCCGCAGGAGUGGACCACUGGUAACGGUUUGGUGACACCGGCGCUCAAGAUUAGGCGCAAGAAUAUA